ACCUUCCUCCUUCCACGGGUGGGACAGGCGGCUCAGGUUUCUCCUGAGCCGCGGCGGGGCCUGGAGACCUUUGGACCAUGACGUGAGCACCGGGAAGCCCUUAAGAGGCGGCACAGGGCACAGGGCACAAGCAGACGCACACCUGCAGCCAUGACCGUCCCCAUCGCCAAGUCCUUCUAUGACCUGAGCGCCACCUCCUUGCAGGGGGAAAAAGUGGAUUUUGGUGUUUUCCGGGGCCGCGUGGUCCUGAUCGAGAACGUGGCUUCUCUCUGAGGCACCACGGUGCGGGAUUACACCCAGCUCAACCAGCUCCAAGCCCGCUACCCCCGGCGGCUGGUCGUGCUGGGCUUCCCCUGCAACCAGUUUGGAUACCAGGAAAACGGCACCAACGAAGAGAUCCUCAACACCCUGAAGCACGUGCGGCCUGGGGGUGGCUUCGAGCCCAACUUCACCUUGUUCCAGAAGUGCCAGGUGAACGGGAGCGACACCCAUCCCGUGUUCGCCUACCUCAAGGCUCACCUGCCCGCACCGGCCGACGAGCCUGCACACCUGAUGGCCGAGCCCCGCUUCGUCGUCUGGAGCCCUGUGCGGCGCUCCGAUAUCUCCUGGAAUUUUGAGAAGUUCCUGGUGGGGCCUGAGGGGGAACCGUUCCGGCGCUACAGCCCCCGUGUGCCCACGGCCCAGCUGGAGCCCGACAUCCAGCGUCUCCUCAAGCUGGCCAAGUAAUCCUAGCUCCGGUGUGAUCCUGGCUCUGGUGUGAUCCCGGCUCUGGCGUCACCCCGGGAUGGCCCCAGCUCUCCGCAGAGUGACAGCCCCCUCUGAAACCUCCACGGGGAGGGGGCUUGAUGGGGGCAGAGGGUUGGAGCCGCCGGGGCGGCGUGGGCCGGUGGCAAUAAAUGAGCCGCAGGGAGCGUGCCUGGAUCCA